GAUGGUUUGUUAGGUAACACGAGCCAGGUUGAAGUUGAAAGCCCUGAUAUUGAACGAUUCCCACUAUUUUCCUCCGCAUCAUAUCAAGAAUGUAUUUUGAAACCUGGUGAAUUAUUGUAUAUUCCU